AUGAUUGCUUUUAUCUUUUAUUUAGCUACUAUUGCUCAAAGCAUCAAAGUUGAAUAUGACAAAGGAAAAAUUAAGGCAUGUCUGGGUUUGUUGAGAGUCAAGCUAGAAGAGGCUGAAGAUGAGCUAGAAGAUAUUUUAGCUACAACGCUACAAGACGAAGAAAUGGUCAUUAAUAAAAUAGUAGCUGAUAUGAUGACUAAUUGCCUUACAAAUAUUACUGAAGAAACUACGAAAUUUAUUAUGAAUAAUGAGACAAUCACUCUAAAUCCAAACUAUAAUUUUUUAGUAGCUUUCAAUAAGCAGCAAUUUUUCGAAGGCAAAGAUCCUGAGUUAACUCCUUUGCAAUUACAAAUUUUCGAGCAAUUAAAAAUUUACAGAAAAGAAAUCGAGUCAAGGUCCUUUAAUUUUUCUUACCUUUGAGGAUUUUUAACAUUUGCUUUACUCCCCCCCCCCCCUCCGUGAGUGAACACAAAAAUUUUGUUCACUCAUGGAGGGGGGUUAUUUUUUUUUUUUUUAAAAAAUUUAUAUAUAAAUUUUAAAAAAAAUAUUCUUUUCGAAAUUUAAAAAAAUCCUAAUUCGCAAAAAUUGGAAAGCAAAUAUUAAUUUAAUUUAUAAAUUUUUAUGUUUUAAAAAGCAAUUCGUUUAAAAUUAAACAGAAUUAGCUCUAGAUUUCAUUAUACUAAUUAUCAUUUAUACAUCAAAAUCUUUUUCCAUCAAAAAAUUUUUCUAUUAAAAAAAUUUUUGUUCACUCACGGAGGGUGGGCUUUUGGGCAAAAAAUAGCGAUUUUUCUAAUGGUUUUGUUCACUCACGGAGGGGGGGGGAGUUAGGAAUUUUUAUCUUCAAAAAAAUCAAAAACUACAAAAAGAUUAAGGAAAAUUAG